AUGGACGCCUUUGCACCAGCUCCAGCUCCUCCUACAGAGCUUGGUCGUUAUAGAGUGCUCUCAUCGACAGCAGGGAUUCGCGUGUCCCCUUUGCAACUUGGAGCGAUGUCGAUCGGUUCGGCAUGGUCAUCGGCAAUGGGCACGAUGGACAAAGAAGCUUCAUAUAAGCUACUGGAUGCGUUCACAGAAGCGGGCGGUAACUUCAUCGACACAGCGAACAACUAUCAGAACGAAGAAUCGGAAACUUGGAUCGGUGAAUGGAUGGCGGCACGCGACAACCGCGACCAGCUGGUCAUUGCUACCAAGUACACAGGCGAGUAUAAGGCAUACACAAAGGGUAAGGGUAAGACGGUCAAUCACGCGGGAAAUCAUAAGCGCAGCCUGCACAUGAGUGUACGUGACUCUCUGCGGAAGCUGCAGACCGACUACAUCGACAUUUUGUACGUUCACUGGUGGGACUAUCUUAGUUCCGUCGAAGAGGUCAUGGAUAGUCUCCACGCACUCGUGCAGUCAGGCAAGGUUCUGUAUUUGGGAAUCUCCAACACCCCAGCAUGGAUUGUCAGUACAGCAAACACAUAUGCGCGCCUGACUGGGAAGACACCUUUCAGCAUCUACCAGGGCCGGUGGAAUGUGUUGAGCCGAGACUUUGAACGCGAAAUUAUUCCCAUGGCGCGGCAAUUUGGAAUGGCUCUCGCACCUUGGGAUGCCGUUGGCGGAGGCAAAUUUCAAACCAAGACGGCCCUUGAGAAGCGAGCAGCCAGUGGAGAGGGACUACGAAAAAUGAUGGGACCCGAUCAAGACGAUGAUCAGGUGCGCAUGAGUGAGGCAUUGGCGCAGGUAGCUGCGGAACAUGGAAUUGAAUCGGUAACCGCCAUUGCGCUGGCCUAUGUACUCUGCAAGACACCAAACGUGUUUCCGCUUGUUGGCGGCCGUAAGGUCCAACAUCUCCACGACAAUAUCAAGGCACUGAGCAUUCGACUCACUGAGUCACAGAUCGCUUUCCUCGAAGCUGUUAAGCCACUUGAUUUGGGCUACCCCCAGAACAUGCUAGGCGAGGAGCCUGGACUUUCAGGGAAGACUAGCAUGGCCCUGGCACCAUCGGGGCAGUUGGCAUUUGUGCGAUAUCCUAAGGCGAUUGGAUACGAAUAA